CCUAUGAAAGCCAUGAAAAAUACAUAAUCGUCUGUGCUUUUCCUUCCCAGUUGACUCAGCCGGUAUUAACAAUGAACAUUAGCUAUAAUCUUAACUGCAGCUUUUAUGACAAACUAGAUACAAAAUUGUUUCCUUUUUUCUACAGCAUCCUGAUGAUUAUCAGCAUUCCUGCUAAUCUAUUAUCACUUUACAUUUCCUACUGUCAAAUCCAGAAAAAAAAUGAGCUGGGCAUCUAUCUCUUCUGUUUAUCAUUAGCCGACCUAUUAUACACAAUGACGCUACCAUUAUGGAUUUAUUAUGCUCAAAACGGGGAUGACUGGACCUUCUCUCUACAGCUUUGUAGGUUAUCUGCUUUUCUUCAAUAUCUAAAUUAUUACACCAGCUCAGGAUUUCUUACCUGCAUCUCCUUGGAUAGGUACUUAGCCAUAGUUCAUCCUUUGAGGUUCCAGUCUUUGCGAUCAAGAAGAUUUGCCCUGCUGAUGUCCUUUUUAGUUUGGGCUUUUGAAAUAAUGUCAAACUUCCAGAUUUUAUGGAGAACAAACUUCUACUACGAAGUUGCAGAUAAAACCAGGCAUGUUUCAUGCUAUGACACAUAUCCUCUACAAAAAUGGCAAGCUUACUUCAAUUAUUACCGCAUCUGUGUGGGGUAUGCAUUCCCAUUAGCUGUCAUGAUCUUCUGUUACCUCAAAAUAUAUCAGGCUGUGAAGCAUAAUCAAGCAACUCAAGACUGCGACAAGAAGAAAAUCAAUCAUUUAUUACUAGGCAUCAUCAUAACCUUUUUUCUUUGCUUUACUCCAUAUCACAUUGUCCUACUUCUACGCAGUAUCUUGGAACCAGGUGAAUGCUUUUAUGUUGAGUCUCUAUUUGUACCUUAUAGAAUUGCAACAGCCUUAACAAGCAUAAAUUGUAUAGCCGACCCAAUUCUUUACUGUUUUGUGAAUGAAACUGGAAGAGCAGAUAUCUGGAACAUAUUCAAAUGCGGUUUUUUUGUCAGCUGGACAGAAACACAGCCAUCCAGUGUUUCACAAAACAGAACCAUAAAGGUUUCAGAAUCUGCAGAAUUCAUGUAAUCCAAGAGUAAGUGGCUUGUGGUCUUCCAAGUGUUGCUGAACUACAAUGGGAGAUAUGAUUCACCAACAUAUGGAGUAUCAAGCGGUUUCUGUCCUCGAUAUAUCUUCAAUGAUGCACUCUGCCAAAAUAAAAUGCCAGGAAAGUUUUACUUGUCCUGACAUCAACCAAGAGCCAGGUCCAUCUUCAAAUCAACACAGAGACUGCUUAUGAGGAUUCACAGCACAUUUUAAAAUUAUUGAGUUCUCCUGCAAUUUUUGUUUUGUUUGUUUUUCUCUCAGGAAGAAGGAAUCUGAAUCAGAAGAAAGCCCCAUUCUAUCACCCAUUGCGGCUUUCAUUAAAAACAAUUGCAUAAAUAGUAAACCCAGGCAAUAUCUUUGGAAUGGACUUAUGGUUUGCAUUUUUUAUGCUGUGAAACGAAAUUAUUUGGUUUUCAGAAAGGCUGGUUUAUAUCUUGUCCUACAUCAUUGUGUAAAAAAAUAUGUAAUUAAACUGAAAGAUAUUACAGUAUUCAA